AUGGAAGACGACUAUGAGCUGGCGCACAGUUCUGGUGUUACGAAAAUGCCAGAACAGAUCCAUUACACCCAGCGGGGAUCCAUUGACCGUGAUGAAGCCGACCUCAUGCGCCUUGGUAAGAAGCCAGUCCUGAAGCGCCGAUUUGGGUUCAUGUCGUUGCUGGGUUUCAGUUGUACGAUUCUCAUCACCUGGGAGGGCAUUUUGAUCGUCUUCGACAUUGGAUUUGCGAAUGGAGGUCCCGCCGGUCUGGUGUAUAGUUUUCUGGUCGUGUGGAUCGGGACUGCCUCAGUUUACGCGUGUUUGAGCGAGCUUGCUUCAAUGUGUUUUCAAAUGCCAACAUUCUUUGAAGCCUGGACUAAAGCAUGUUAG